UCGUCGUCCCCGGACCCCUUCUCUCCGCACGGCGUCCCGCCCCGACCCCGGCGUCCUCUAUGACUCCCGCACUUACCGCACCUGCUAUGUCACCCAGAAGAUCGACCACUUUGGUUUUUCUGAAGAUGGAACAUUCAAGCAACGCUACCUCAUUGCAGACCAGCACUGGAAGAGAAAUAUCGGGUCAAUGCUCUUCUAUACUGGCAAUGAAGGAGAUAUCACCUGGUUUGCCAAUAAUACGGGUCUUAUGUGGAACAUAGCGGAAGAGCUUGAUGCCAUAUUGGUAUUUGCUGAACACCGAUACUAUGGAGAGUCUCUGCCCUUUGGAAACAAAUCAUUCAGUGAUGCCAAGCAUCUGAAUUACCUGACUUCAGAGCAAGCUUUGGCUGAUUUUGCAGUGCUCAUUCAACACCUGAAGCAUACUAUCCCUGGGACCCAGGACACUCCUGUCAUUGCCAUAGGGGGAUCUUACGGAGGGAUGCUUGCUGCAUGGUUUCGAAUGAAAUAUCCUCAUAUAGUAAUUGGAGCUCUUGCGGCUUCAGCCCCCAUCUGGCAGUUCGAUAACCUGGUUCCCUGUGGCAGCUUCUAUCGUAUCGUAACCGAAGAUUUCAAAAAGAGUGGGAACUGUUGCUCAGAAAGCAUCAGGAACUCCUGGGCAGCCAUUGACCGUCUUGCUUCCACAGAGGAAGGCUUGCAUUGGCUUUCGUGUACAUUUCGCCUGUGUAGCCCACUGAAAACUGUGACAGAUGCUGCUGCUUUCAAAGGAUGGCUAAGUGAGACUUGGGUUAAUUUGGCAAUGGUUGACUACCCAUAUAAGGCUGACUUCUUGCAACCUCUCCCUGCCUGGCCUAUUAAGGCAGUUUGUAAAUACUUGAGGAAUCCCAAACUGCCAGACAAAUUGCUUCUGCAAAACAUCUUGCAGGCAGUAGACGUCUACUAUAACUACACGGGACGUGCUUCAUGCCUUAAUUUAACUCAGACUGCCACAAAAAGCCUUGGGAUUCAGGGCUGGUAUUAUCAGGCUUGCACUGAAAUGGUAAUGCCCAUGUGUUCAGAUGGCAUCAACGACAUGUUUGAGCCCGAAAAUUGGGACUUGAAAACCUACUCAGAUGAAUGCUUCAAAACCUGGGGGGUGAGACCUCGUCCUGACUGGAUCUCCACUCUCUAUGGGGGGAAGAACAUCAGUGCUCACAGCAACAUCAUCUUCAGCAAUGGUGGGCUCGACCCCUGGUCUGGGGGCGGAGUAACACAGAAUAUCACGGACACUCUAGUUGCCAUAGUGAUCCCAGAAGGUGCUCAUCACUUGGACCUGCGCUCCAACAGCCCUUACGAUCCGGACUCAGUGCUGCAAGCCCGUCUUUUGGAAGUUCACUACAUGAGACUUUGGUUGCAGAACUAUCGUCGUAAUGGUUCGAAGUAACUGAAAGAGCUGGUGUUUGUGGUUUCCGCUUUCUCCUGUCAACGCCGAGGGAGGAUCUGCUGGCUGGAUGGCUGGCUUCACACAAGUGUUUCCCCCCUCGUUGUUUCAUGCCUGCUUUCCUCUUUCUCUCCUAACCAAAGCAUCUUAUUUGUAUAGCAGAUACAAAUAAGGCUGUGCAAAGGAUCUUUUGAGGUGGCAAACCUAAACCUUGCAGUGUAUGGCUCCAGACUGGUGGCUCUUCCUUGAUGUUCUUCUGGCGCUUCACAAUUUUGGCAGAGUUCAAAUGGCAUUGUCUGCGUUUAGGUUUAGCCCACUCCACCAUGUCUUAUGGAAGAAAGCUGCUUUAGAGGAAUUUCCCACUGCUCCUGGUUGAGCACUGGAACCCAAACUUGGGAGUGUAGGGUAUCUUUGUGAGGGGGGGGGGGUUGGGGGGAGAGGCUUUCCUUUCUUGUCCCACAAGCAUCCCUCAUGUGUGGGAAGCUGGCACAUAAGUAACUUGUAAUAUCCACUGGGUUUAAAGCUGUAUAGUGUAAAUUCACAGAUGACAAAUCAGUGGCUAUAACGCAUUAUGGCUCAAAGUUCCUGAUCAUGGAAUUUCUAUCUGAAUUCCUAUUGCUGGGAAUCACAAGAAUGGCAGGAGAUUGGUGCUUUCAAGAAGCCCCCAAGCAGGGCAUGAAAGCAUCUCACUGGCUGGGGUUAGAAAACAGGAUGCUGAACUAGAUGGAUCCUUGGCCUGAUGCAGCAAUGCACUUGUGUUAAGCUAAACAGUUUAUGACAUAGGUGUAAACUUUUUCAGGGGCGCUGUUGGGCUCAAGGUCCCCGUCCCCCCCGGAAUUCCCCCAGCAGACAGUGCCAGGCAUAUUGAAAGGCUCACCUGAUAGAUUCAGUUACAGUAGUAGCUGCUGCAGCACAGGACCGCCCCAUAUCUCUGUGUUGUACCACAUUUGCCAUGAUUCUUUGGGGCUUUGUUCCUAUCUGCCAGUAAUUUUGUUUGUGUGUUUGUUUGCUAAGAAUUUAUACCCUUCCUUAAACAGGGUGGCUUAGGCUGGCCUCACCUUUUCAUUGGAGCAUGAACUGCAAGGCCUCCGUCGGGCCCAACAGAUUGCAAAGCUGUUAAGAAAAAAAAGGCCAGAUAAGCUAUGAGCCUCCAUAAUAUUAAACAAAAAUAAAACCUUCAACAUAUUUUA